UCAGAGUUGUUCCCGAAGGUCCGCUGGGCUGGGACGACGGUUUCGAUUUCAUUGACUGUUGACUGUUUCUACUGGCAUCAUACACGCUUUUUCUUUUUUUUCUUUUGUAUCUGGUAUUUUGUUUGAUUUAUUUUUCCCUUUUGUCUUUGACUCUCAUGUCCCACUCGCUUCUGUUGCCAUUAGCUAAGUAGAAUAUUAUUAAUCAUGGACACACUAACAAAAUGUACAAAAUCUCAACAACUUUUUACAAAGUACUUUUUAGGUAAAAAAAAGUGCAAUGAGAUAUUUUUUGUAACAGAAGAGUGUAUAUAUAAUCAAAACAAGGUUACUAGAGGAGAAUCUGCAUAGAUCUAAAUGAUUAUUUAAGUAAAAAAUUAAUUAUCAGUUUUAUAUUUUUAACUUUUGUGAAAAUUUAAGCGUUAGACUGGCCGUUAUAAAAAUUAUGUCAUGUUUGCAUUCUGAAUCUCUUGCAAAAGUAACUUGGUCAGUUGAUUGUUUUUUUCCUGGGAUUUUCUGAUAUUCUUUCGGUCGGAAUGUGGAGGGAAAACACAGACUUUUCAUGGUCAAACUCUCAUAGAAAAAGUUUUGAUUAAACAAGAACUACAAGUAUAUAUUUGAAGUAUAGUAAAGCUAAAUUAGCAGAAACUCAAAACUACACAAUAUGUCUUGUUCGAAUUUACCCCGGUUUAUGAAGAGCUUACUGCCUGAAGGCUGUGUUAUGGCUAUCCUAACAAAUGAGGGCCUGACAUUGGUUAAAAAUUAUCACAUAUUAUUUACCAACCAGGAGAAUGCAAAACUAAAUUAGUUUUUAGGACCAUAUAUAUAAAAGAAAUGAGCAUCCCAAUUACUGAUCUGGUUUUUUAUAACCUAAAUAGGUCAGUCAGAGGACCCAAACAUAACAUAUAAUACAGUCCAAAUAUGUAAACUUCUGCAUUCACACAACUUGGAUGAAUAAUUACUUCCAUAAUCAGGGAAAAUUAUAAAACAACUUGGAAAUAUUGCAUUCUUGUUGCCAUUUUUAAGAAAGCGUUAACUUCCUCUCCAAAACGUGGAUAUGAAAAAAAUGUAAACAUACCUACGUAUACAGUUAUGAAGCAAACAUGAUUGUUCAGCGCUUUUGAAGAAUUAAUUGAUAACACUGUUCUUGUAAAUGGUGUUUUUGCUCAAGAGUGCAACUUUUUAAAAAUGAUUUAUAGAUCAAAAGAGAAAUCCAUAUAAUAAUAGCCAUCCUGUUUGUCUGUCUGUUUGCCUGUCUGUUGCAUAAACACGCAGUGCUAAGUUAUAGCUAGCUACACUGCUAUAUACUUAGUGCAUAGAGGUGAGGACCAUCAGUGUAGAACAUUGUGACCUAAAUUAAUGUGCAUUGUAAAUAGAAAGCAAAAAGGUUUUUCUCCUGAUGUUCCUCUUAAAAAAGAUUAUCGAAAUAACAAUAUGUUGUAUUAUUGCACAAAGAUUGUACUCAUCCCUUACAUGUACUAUAUUUAAGUGUGUUUGUUAAUUUGAAAAAACAAUGUGGUUCUUAAUUGUUAGUGUUAUAAUCUCUCUCUCUCUCUCUCUUUCCUAGAACGUUCACAUUGAAAAUCUAUAUAUUUUCAUAAAAACAAUGUUACAAAAUUGCAAAUUUUUUUAAAAGCUAACUACAGUGUUCUUCUUCCCCAUUUCUUCAGCAUAUUUUUCAUCUGCUUAAGCACACUCACCAUUAUAAAUGCAGGUUUUUUAAAAUAGCAUGGGCAUGUGAUUUGAAAAGGUAAAAUUUAGUAAAAUGUUUUAGCUCUUUUUGGAGAUACUAGAUCAGAACGAGACUAAUAAUUAAGAAAAGGUGGGAGGUCCUUUAAAUUUUCAGAAAAUGAUAAAUAUCUAUGUAAGUGUGUAUGUUAAUCAAUUAUUACAUACAUUUCAUAAUAAAUUUUUGUAUAACUGUAUUUUCAUAGGUAAUUAUGACACCUCCAAUCCAAAAAGACUCACAUGAGGAAUUUUAUUUUUCUUUCUGAUCCAUUUUAUUAUAAAUGAACUUGUAUUUGUUUCUUAAAUUCGUCUUAUUUGGAAUGAUCUCAUAGGAAUGUGUGCCAAAAACCUUAGUUGUUUUAUUUUUUAUUAUACUUACUUUGAAUACUUUACUCGGCGAGUCCAAUGCUCAUCAUGUCAAUGAUGCUGUUCGUGUUGGCCUUUAGAAACUGAACAUAAUUUGGUAUCAGUGGCUCAUCAGGAACAGUAGCAAGAAAGCAAUCCAACUUUGACUUGAAACAGUCUAUGCUGCAAUCAGAUAGGUUGCGUAUUGCUUUUGGUAGACCAUUAAACAAUCGUACUCCUUGGACAGCCAAACUAGCACAACGAGUCUUAUAAAAUGGCCCUUUCUUCACUACAGGAACAACACAUUUUCGACCCAAACGAUCAUUCGUGUACCAUGUGAUGCCUCCUUUCCCAGUUUCCUGACCAAAGUUUGGUACUAUUUUUGCAAUCACUUUCCAGAUGUAAAUUAUGGCAUACUGUUCUCUUCUUCUCUCCAGAGAAUACAGAUUCAAACUUUUUAGUACGUCCCAGUACGAAAUACUUGAGUUCCAAGGAUUUUUCUAGUAAAGUUUCUUUGCACCAUUUCUAUAUCUUGUAUUUGUCCUUUCAUUAGUGGAGACCAAAACUGGGAACAAUAGUCAAGGUGGAGAAUAACUAAUGAUUUCCAAAGAGUCAACAUCACGUUUUUUUCUCUGCUCUCGAAUGUUCGUAAUAUCCAUCCAGUUAUCCUGUUUGCCUUUGAUAUAAGGUUUGAGAUAUGCUUAUUAAAUUUGCAAUCAUUCGACAUUAUAACUCCUAAGUCCUUCACAGUGAUUUUUUUGUUAAUCUUUUCUGACGUGUUACUUAGAUAUACAGAGAGUGGUUUCAAAAACUCAAUCUUUCCAUAACUUAGGUGCUCGAACUUACACCCAUUGAGUUUCAUAUUAUUUUCAGUUGUCCACUUAUAAAUUAUAUUUAUAAGACAGUGGAGUUUAAAGGUGUCCAUGAGGCCAUUAAUCUCUUUCAGAAUUUGUGUGUCGUCUGCAAAGCUGGAUGCUAAAGAAUAUUUUAAGUUCUGAUUAAUAUCACCAACCAUGAUUAGAAAAAGCAGUGGUCCAAGAACAGACCCUGUGGAACCCCUGAUCCAACGUUAGCGGGUAUAGAUUUUACACCAUUGACAUAAACAUGUUGUAUUCUGUCUUUAAGGAAUGAUUUAAUCCAUUUUAUCAGUUUGUCAUUUAAACCAAGUUGCUUCAGUUUAGCAAAUAAGAUGGAGUGGUCCACUUUGUCAAAUGCCUUGUUAAAAUCUAAGUAAAUGGUAUCUACAUUUGAACCGCUUUCAAGAAAGGAUAGGAUUGUAUCAUAAUGGGUCAGUAGCUGUGAUAAACAAGAACGACCUUCUCUAAAACCAUGUUGUGAGUUGUUAAAGAGAUUGUACUGUACAAGAUGAUCAACUAUGUUCUUUUUUAAAACUUUUUCAAAUAUUUUAACGGCAUGUGAAGUCAAGGCGACUGGUCGAUAGUAGUCACCUUGGUCGCCUCCUUUGAAAAUGGGGGCAAUGUUUGCAGUCCUCAAAAGCAGAGGUGUUACACCUGUGUUAAGAAGUUUGACCAAAACAUAAGAAGUGGAGUUGCCACAGCAUUCUUACAAUUUUUAAGAAAUAUAGCAGGCCACCAUCUGGGCCAGAAGCUGAGUUAGCAGAUAGAGUGUUAAUUGCUUCAAUUAUGUCAUUAUUGUAACAAUAACAAAGUCAGUUAAAGUCACAUAAAAGUAACUGCUUUUAUUUUGUGUGUUUUUUGCACUUUUAAGAUUUAAAUUUAAACUCUAGCAAACUAUUUCAGACUGAGCUCAAAAUAAUACAGUAUAGUUAAAAAAUGCCGCUAUUAGUUUAUAUUGAUGUACAGUUUAUUUCAGCAUUAUCAGCAUGAACUCAUCUCCUCGGUCGCACUCCCCAAUAAGUUAUGUGUCAAGCUCAUCAGAAGAAGAACAUGAAAACAAAAACUUAAUAAAUGAAACCUUGCAAAAUACUAAAAUUCCACCUGUUGAUCCAUUAGUGUUAACUGAUUUGGAAGAACAAGCAAAGUACACUAGUAAAAGUCUAUCCAAAUUAAUGGCUUAUCUUACAAAGCAUUUAAGUGACAUUAGCAAUGUUACGAAUGAAACAGUUUCCAUAUAUGACCAGACAAUACAACAUACUCAAGCAGAAGUGGAAAAAAAUAUUCAUGCUAUGUAUGGUUUGAUUGCAAAAUGUGAAGAACUUGAUCGUAAAAUGAAACCAGUAACAGAACUUGCAAAUCAGGUGUCAUACUUAAAUAGAAUGCUAGAUGAAUUUGAACACCUAUGCAAGUGAUAGUAUAAAUGUUAAUAAUUAUAUUGUAUUUAUAUUGUAGUUUUUCUUACGGAUUUUUUAUUUUGUGAUUUGUCUGUUAGUGUCAA